ACCGCACUAGCCUGUGUGCUAGCGAGCUAAAGUUGACUGGACUACUUUCACUUUGUGACAAUCAGUAGGAUGAACGGGGCUUCGUGGGAAAUGAAACUAGAUGUCGUCAUUGGCGUUGCGGGCCCUCGAUAGCCGGCUCAUGUAGCCUUUUAAGCUUUACCGGUGUCGAUAUUGAGAAGUUGUGUCGGGCGCGUGACAAACUUUGAGGCGUUAGCGCGUUAAACACGCAGCUAGCGUUAGCGGCUAGCUCGCUAGCAUGGACGGCGGCGGUGGAAGCAUGCAGAGCAACGACGACAGGAGCGCCGAAAAAUCCAUGGAUGUUUAUCUCAAUUCAAUCGGAUUGCAUCGGAAGAAAAUCGCCAAAGAUGGAUCGUGCCUGUUUCGGGCUGUGGCCGAGCAGGUGCUGCACUGCCAAAGCCUUCACACUGAAGUCCGGGCCAAAUGUGUGAAGUUCUUGAAAGAGAACCGAGAGACCUACGAGGCUUUUAUUGAAGGUGAUUUUGAGGAAUAUCUGUGCAAACUUCAAGACCCGCAGCAGUGGGUGGGAGAGGUGGAGAUGAACGCACUGGCUGUCAUGUACAAGAGGGACUUUUUGAUCUUCCAGGAGCCGGGAAAACCUCCUGUCAACAUUACAGACAACAGCUACAAGGACAAGGUACGAUUGUGCUUUCUCAAUGGGAAUCACUACGACAGCGUUUAUCCCAUGUCCUACAUUAAGAAUGCUGCCAUCUGCCAGUCCAUCCUGUACGAGCUGCUGUAUGGUGGCGUGUUUAAGGCAGACAGGAACACAUUGGACCGUUUCAGCCAACGUGCCAGCCGACACUCUGACCUCUUGAUCGACGACAACAUGGCUGCAUGUGCCAGCAGUGACGAGUCUGAUGUGGACCCAGGUGACACACUCUGGGUGGAAAACGGAACAAAUGCUACAGGGACAAGACACAGUGGCCAGAAUUACAGGGGCCGUGGGCGUGGCUGGUUCUCUGAGAGGGUGAAGCGGUCUCUGAACCCGACUCUGUUCAGGAACGUAGAGUACGACAUGUGGCACAAGACUAAGAGAGCCCAACAGAAGCUGGACUACAGCAUUGCUGCUGGGAUGCAGUACGCCGUAGGAGACCGCUGCCAGGUUUGCCUCAAUGGGAGUGGGAGGUGCUACAACGCAACCAUUAAGGAUGUGUCGCCGAGCAACGGUCCAGUCACGGUUUACAUGGAAGAGCUUGGCAGGAAACAGGUGCCUUUGUCAAGCUUACGUCCCCUCCGUGAAGAGAACAGCUGGCGAACGGUCGCCAACAGAGACAAGAGGCUCAGUAACGGACACGGCGGAGAAUGGGAAGAGAGGGUACGCGGUAAAGGCAGGGGGAAGUCCCUCCCCCCAUCAUCCUCCGUUUCCCAGGGAACGGCGGUAGGCUCUGGUGGACGUCUGCAGAAACAGAGUUCUUGGCCUCCGCAGGCUGUUGUAGAGGAGCAGGGAGCAGCCAGGACCAUCAGCAGGAAGGCUGCAUGCUCGGUGGACUCGCCGUUGUUUGGUCUGACAGAGCAGGAGCGCUUGGCCAAAGAGGAGGAGGAGAGGAACGUGGCUUUGGUGGAACUCCAGCUCCGAGAUGAAACCAGUUUUCCGGCCCUCGGGACUCAACCUACAGUUCAGGGUGAAGGUGGAAGGAGGAAGGGAGGAGAGAAGAGAAGAUCCCAGAAAGCUGUCAAACUGAAAAGUCCAGUUGACGACAUCGGAGCGCCAUCGCCCUCUGCUGGAGAAAGACCCAAAUCCUCCAGCCCCCCACUGGCAUCUCCCGCUGCUGCUCCUGCACAGGCCAGCCCCGCCCCUCCAUCCACAAAACCACCUCCUACUUCACCUGUGAACUCUGACCCCGGGCCAGCCCGGGUGAGCACGUUCAAGUCUCCCAAAGAGAACGUGGUUGCUACAGCAGCAUCCGCUUCCAGCCCACCCCUCAAAUCUGUGGCCGCCAACUGUGCCGCCGCAGCUGCUCCAUGCACCUCCUCUGCACUGACUCCUAAAACCAACACCUCAGCCUCCAGAGCAAAUGUCGUGAGAGUUAAAGGCACUGUAUCAACCAGCGCUGCGCCGCUGUCUGUCACACCCUCCGCCGCUCUCCUCUCCGUCGCUCCUGUACUCCCUGCUGCUGCUCCGCCCCCAAGUCCUCCCACCACCACCACCACCACCUCCUCUCCUCCUCUUGCUCCAAAUUCCUCGCCCUGUGUGUCUCUGUGCUCUUCAGGUUCUGCUCCCACUUUCAUCGCUCCCAUUGCGCCCUCUGCUGUUGCUGCGCAGGGCUUUCCUCCCCCCUCCUCGCUCUCUUUUUCUUCCUUCCUGCCCAUUACCCCUCUCCCCCAGUGCUCCAGUCCACAGCCAUCUUCCUCGCUCCUCCGUCGUUCUCCUCCUCCCUGUGUUGCGUCGUCAGCUUCAUCACCACCUGCAGCCUUCCCAAGUACUAGUGGGUCUCUGAUGGGAUCUUGCACAAUCCAGACCAUAACCCAGGAUCCUCAGGUGCACACAGCAUCCCUGGCGCAGAUGGCACCACAGCUUACGCAGGCAGAUGUGGUGCCCCAUGUGCUCACAGCACCCCAGCCUACCCAGGCGCACAUGGCACCUCACACCCUCCCGACAACCCAGGUGCACAUGGCGGCCCACAGCCUCACAGCACCCCAGAUGACCCAGGCGCAUGUGGUGCCUCACACGACCAAGGCGCACAUUGCGCCCCACACCCUCCCGGCACCCCAGAUGACCCAGGCGCACAUUGCGCCCCAUACCCUCCCGGCACUCCAGCUAACCCAGGCGCACGUGGUGCCCCAGAUGACCCAGGCGCACGUGGCACCCCACAGCCUCGCAGCACCCCAGACGACCCAGGCGCACGUUGUGCCCCACAGCCUCACGGCACCCCAGGCUCCCUAUGCACACACAGCGGCUCAGGCUCAGACCCACACACGGUUUCCCCAGCAACAAAAUCAAACCAGGUUUCCUCAGCCGGAGGUUCCUUUGUUGCAGAACUCUGCAUCCCAUAAGCAGAUUCUUGCUCACCCAACUCAAAACAAAGUCCACAUUUCUCACCAUCAAACCUCGUCUCUGGUUCCCCAAACACAAAUCCAGGCUCAUCAGCCUGACACAGAGAUGUCCUCAACCCAGAUCCAAACAGGUGCUUCCAGCGAUCAAUCCCAGGCUCCUCAGCUCCAAACCCAGGCAUCCAUUUCCCAGGCUCAUGUCCAGCAGGAUUCCCAGUCCCACACAGAAGGGACUUCUGUCCCACAGACGCUGUACUGCUUCUCCCAGUCCAGUCAGUCUGUCUCCCAGCUCCAGCCUGAGCAUAUCCCAGUUCAGUCCUGUAACCCAUCAUUUUCCCAAACCUCUGUUUCUGCCCCUGCGCAGGCUCAGGUGUCACACCCUGUCCCAGAUGAUCAACCAGCCCCAAGUCCUCAACCAUCCCACCUCCCACGUCAAUCAUCCUUGCUCUCCACCUCCCAGAAUCAUCCGCCUCCUCAAAACCAGGAUCAGAGUGAGGCCCCGCCCCCUCCCACUCAGGGUUUUUCUAUGGACCAUCCUCCCUUGCAGCAGUCACACCCUCCUCACCCCCAGUUCCACCCUGCACAUCCCCAUCCUCACCCAUCCUACCACCAGUCCAUCGCGGCAGCCAUUCCUCUGCAACAGCUAUACCAGGACCCACUGUAUCCCGGCUUCCCCCAGGGAGAGAAAGGUGAUGUGGCUAUGAUCCCGCCCUACUCGUCCAGUCCUGCAGGGGAGGACCUCCCCCAAGAUGUCAACAUCUUGAAGUUUUUCUUCAACCUUGGUGUAAAGGCUUACUCCAUGCCCAUUUUCCCCCCCUACAUUUACCUUCUCCCCCUCCAUCAGGCACACACCAUGCAUCCCAAAAUCCCCUCCCGCUCCCCGUCUCCCGCCCAUCAUUACCCGCCCUCAACUCCGCCCAUCAGGCAGCAGUCAGAGGUGCUGUCCUCCCAGUACCCCCCCGCUUCUGCAUCAGUGCCACCUCAGUACGACCACCACGCUGCCCCCACUGAACCAACCCAUCCCAGUGAGUCAACCUUCAGUCAGACAGGAUACUCUGUCACCCACAGGAUGCCCUGUGCCUUGUUGCCGUGGCAACAACAGCAGCUGCCUCCACCCAGAAACCCCAACUACUCCUCCGGCUACCCUGCCUCGACUGCACACUACCCGACUCCACCGCCUUCAUCUCAGGGGUAUCACCAAGGUCAGGUAUCAGGGCACCCGCUGUACCCCACCACUGCUCAUCAGUACCCUGCUUCGUCACUGGUAUACCCCUCCCUCACCAGUCCCAGUGAGCUGCAGGUGACCCAGGGCACCAUGGAGGCAUUUCAGCACGCCAACAGUGAGGCGUUGGCCAACCUGGCCUCUGGGCCUGGCCAAGUCCCCAGUCCUCUGGAGGGUUUCACUGCUGCUAAUGUGGCUAAUGCUAAUAGCUGCAGAACGUCAGCAGUCGCCGCUUUGCCGAGUUUAGCCCUCACCAAGAAGGAUCAGAGAGAGAGUUUGACCAGAGCAGUGCUGCUGGUGGACCCACCCCUCAACAACAACCCCAUCCUCACGUGGGUUUCCGACCCUGAGGUGAAGGAUGUCUCCAUGACAACUUUGUCCAAGUCCAGCAACACGCCAGUUCUCCCGGCAAUGUACGAUGUCAUUGCGAAGCCCGCCGGCCCAAGCGACGGCAGCCACACCUCCCGACCUUACCGGGGCCAGCGAAAGCUGGCCAAUCCCUCCAAAGCGUUUGUCCCCGUGGUGACGGAAGGAGGUCAGGUGGGUUUCAUGGCGACGGAUUCGCUGUCGGUCGGCUGCAGCACAGAGGACAACUGGGACGAGUCGGAGGGGUUCAGCUCGAACCAGCGGGGGUCGAGGAAGAACUCUGGCAGAGGAGGGCGGGGGAGGGGCAGCUUUCACCGAGGCAGCAGGGGGCUGUACAGGGGGAGACAGGGAGACACGGGGGGCGGAUUUGGUUAUGUGCAGUUCAACGCCACCCAGAGGGGGCGUGGCCGGGAGAGAGGCUACUAGCAACAGCAAUGAAAGAUCCCCCCCCCAAAAAAACCCCAGAUGUACGACUGGUGGACUGUGGUGUAGCAGCUGUGGACUGACCGUUCUCCCAACAUGCACUGUGGUGAAGCUACUGACACAGAUGGGACACUGCUCGUCG